AUGGCGUUCGAGACGUCCAGCAACACACACGUGCCCAGCCCGGUGCUGGCCAUCGACGAGGGCCGGCUGCUGGACUACUUAGCAGACAAUGUACCCUCUUUCAUGAAUGUGCAAAGAUUAGUUGUUCUCAUGUUCGAUCAUGGGCGGUCUAAUCCUACAUACCUGAUCAAGACUGGUGCGAAGCAGUAUGUUCUCCGCAAAAAGCCUCCUGGGCAGUUGCUGCCAUCAGCGCACAAGAUCGAAAGGGAAUACCAAGUCAUUGCUGCGCUCCAGGACACUCGUGUGCCAGUUCCAAGGGCCAUAUGCCUCUGCAACCAAGCUGCAGUUAUUGGGACGCCAUUCUAUGUUAUGGAGCACGUCCAGGGCACUAUUUUUGUCGAUCCAAACCUGCCAUCUCUCUCCUCAAGCCAAAGACGAGCUGUGUACUGGCAAAUGGCCGCUGCCCUGGCUUCCCUGCAUGAUGUGAAACCUUCAGAUGUGGGACUUGGCAGAUUUGGGCAUCCUACAGGGUACUGCAGAAGGCAGGUUGAGCGCUGGUGGAAGCAGUACAGAGCGUCUGUUGCUGACGUUGCAAGUGAUGAAGUCACACAGCUAAAACAGUGGCUGGAGAGCAACAUCCCUCGGGAUGAUGGGCUGCAGAAGGCAGGGCAUAUUACACAUGGUGAUUUCCGCAUCGACAAUCUGGUAUUCUCCAACGAAGAUGAACCACGUGUGAAAGCCAUCCUGGAUUGGGAGUUGAGCACAUUGGGGGAUCCAUGGGCCGAUGUGGCAUACAGCUGCCUCCAGUACUAUGGGCCCAGAAGUUCACCCCUUGCAGGCAUAUCAUCUCCCUGCCCAGAUGGCAUCCCCACCGAGGAUGAGUAUGUGGGUUGGUACUGCAGCAUGCGAGGCGUGAAGAAACCCAGUAGGCAGCAAUGGGCUUUCUAUGCUGCCUUGGCACUGUUUCGCAUUGCAGCCAUCACUCAGGGCGUGUAUGCCAGGGCACUGCAGGGCAAUGGAGUAUCCGAGGGGGAUCAAAUUGCCAACUUUCCUAAGGUGGUGGAUGCUCUGGCGUGCCGGGCCUUAGAAAUCAUUCGCCUCCAGGACACUGCACAACCAGCAUCGCGGAAAUCUGAGUUGCAAAUAUCAGCUCUGGGGAAGCCAUCCGUCUCGGGAACCGGUUUCGAUGCACCCCCCAGGGUUAGGACGCUCGCAGCUUCCCUCCAUCGAUUCAUGGAAGAGACAGUGCUGCCAGCGGAGGAGGUCCUGAAUGCUCAUGCUUGCUCUCCUGAAAGGUGGGCCAUGCCACCAGUGAUGCAGGAACUAAAAAGGAAGGCAAAACAGCAGCGCCUCUGGAAUCUGUGGCUACCAUCACACAUGGCCUCUGAGAUAAGGGACGUCGUAAGCCAGGGGCGCAGCAAGGAUGAGGCUGACCUGCUGCUUGGCCCAUGCCUCAGCAACCUCGAGUACUCCCACUUGAGCGAGAUCAUGGGUUCGUCGCAGUGGGCCCCAGAGGUGUUCAACUGCUCAGCACCUGAUACUGGGAACAUGGAGCUGUUGGCAAGGUUUGGAUCUCCAGAGCAGCAGCGUAAAUGGCUUAUCCCUCUCCUCGACGGCUCUAUUCGCUCAUGCUUCGCCAUGACUGAAAAAGCAGUUGCAUCAUCAGAUGCCACAAACAUCCAGUCCAGCAUCGUUCGUGAUGGCGAUUGGUAUGUGGUGUCUGGCCGCAAGUGGUGGAUCAGUGGAGCCAUGCAUCCACUGUGCCGCAUCUGCAUCUUCAUGGGGAAGACCAACUUGCAGGCAAGCACAUACAGGCAACAGUCUAUGGUCCUGGUGCCAAUGGAGACACCAGGUGUUAAAGUCUUGAGACCCAUGCUGGUAUUUGGUUGCGAUGAUGCGCAUGUGGGGCAUGCCGAAAUUGAUUUCAAUGGCGUGAGGGUGCCGAAGGAGAACUUGAUAUGGGGGGAGGGCCGUGGCUUCGAGAUGGCGCAGAGCCGCCUGGGCCCCGGGCGACUGCACCACUGUAUGCGGCUCGUGGGUAUGGCCGAGCGGGGCGUUGAGCUGAUGGUGCAGCGCGCCAAGGGGCGGUCGGCGUUUGGGCAGCCGCUGGCGGAGAAUGCGGCGGUGCAGGCUGUCAUAGCCAAGGCCAGGGUGGAUGUAGAGGCCGCACGGUUGAUGGUGCUCUCUGCGGCGGACGCCCUGGACAAGGUUGGCAUCAAGGGGGCGCGGCACAAGAUCUCCGAGGCGAAGGUGAUGGUGCCCCUAGCGGCGCAGCGCGUGCUGGACGCGGCCAUGCAGCUGCACGGGGGCACAGGCGUGUCGGACGACACGCCACUGGCGCGGCUGUGGGUCCAGGCGCGCACCCUCCGGAUAGCAGACGGCCCCGACGAGGUGCACUUGCUGAGCAUCGCCAAGGCGGAGCUGCGGCGGCGGUCCAGGCUGUAA